CUUUCGCCCAAUUCGUAUCCAAAAGUUGCUCGACGUUUAAUUCCUGCCGCCUCCCUCCACAUGAACACGUGACGUCCUCUUUGCCCACUUUUGAAGCCCAUACCCACCCGCCAUCUCUCUCGGAUUUCUUUUGGAUUUUAUUCAUUGCCUUUGUACUUUCUUUCUUCGAAAUCAAAGGCUAAAAUACUUAGGGCUCUGGCAUUAUAAAGGACAGUUGCUUUAGUCAGCAAUUCUUUGGGCUCUGUGGGUGAUCAAGGGAGCAGGUGGAGAUUUCUUGGGGUAUUAUUCAUGAAUAUGAUUGGCUACGAGCAAGACCCUGAUGUUGUUCGUUGGGGUCUCCAUCUUCUAGACAUUUGCUCUCUUUCUAAUACUGGUUCUGGUAGUUCCGUUACUCGAUAUGAUGCAGACCUAAGUCAAGUCGAGUAUGUUAGAGAAGGUUAUUAUGAAGAACAGCACAACAGUGUAGAGAACGAUGAGAUUAUUGCACAUGCUCUUCAAGAAGAAUUAUCACACAUUGCAGCUGCUGAAGCAUCUGGGUUAUCAAAUGUUGGCAAGGAUCAUUUGCAAGCAUCCAUUCUUGCACAGGAUUGGCUUGGUCCCUCAAAAAGACAUCCUGGUUCUGGGCAUGAUGAGGGGCAUGAUGAGAGGCAGGAUGACUCUAGCAGAAAGAAGGAAGAGGCAGAUGGAAUUGGAGUUUCUAGUUCAUGUUCUAGCCCGGAAGGAAAACCACUCAGUGGAGAGGACUUUUCAUAUUCACUAGAAAUGACAGAUGAGUCUGUUCUUGAUGGAGAAGUGGGCAAAAGGCUGAAUCAGAUGGUUCCUGUUCCUCAUGUUCCUAAAGUUAAUGGAGAAAUACCCUCAGUUGAUGAAGCAACAUCAGAUCAUGAGAGGCUGCUAAACAGGUUGCAGUUAUAUGAUCUGUUUGAGCUUAAGGUUCAAGGAGAUGGGAAUUGUCAGUUUCGUGCCUUAUCGGACCAAUUCUAUCGUACCCCUGAUCACCACAAAUUUGUGAGAGAACAAAUUGUUAAUCAGCUCAAAGCUAACCCAGGAAUUUAUGAGGGUUAUGUCCCAAUGGCUUAUGGUGAAUACCUGAAGAAAAUGAGCAAGAAUGGUGAAUGGGGUGAUCAUGUUACAUUACAGGCUGCUGCAGACACGUAUGGUCUCAAAAUAUUUGUAUUAACAUCCUUCAAGGACACCUGUUACAUUGAGAUUCUUCCAAAUAUUCAGAAAUCCAACCGAGUAAUUUUCUUAAGCUUCUGGGCAGAGGUGCACUAUAACUCAAUUUAUCCACAAGAAGAUAUGCCAAUAUCAGAUACUAAGAAAAAGUGGAAAUGGUGGAUACUUUGAAGCUAGAUGAGGCGAUGGGUGGAUAACUGAUGAUAUGAUCACGAACUUUUUAACUGUGGAAGCUGCACCUGUUCUUUGUGGGUAUACUAUAUAGGUUUUGGGCCCCUCCCACUUGUUGGCUGGAUUGGACAUCUCUCCCAUGGUUUUCGCUGCUAGAGAAAUGAGAAAUAGGAUUUAGGCUCCACUUCUGCAUAUUAUUUAUUUUCUUCCAUGUCUUGGUGUAUAUUCUCUUUUCCUCCUCUUUUUUCCUUUCAGCUUUUGAGAUUGUGCAUGUAAUCAUAUUUUCAUUCAUUGAUUUAAUUCAAUUUCUUUGUUUAUUUA